CCACCUUGAAACGUUGAUUGUUCUCAUUUGCUAUUAGUGCUUCGUUGAUGUGAAACCAUUUUUUUCACAUUUCUUGCUCAUCUCUUUCGCAAGACCUCAGAGUCAGGGACUAUGCCGCGACGCCCCCGGAUACAAAACCAGAGGGAUGCUCAGUCUCGACUCUCUCGUCGACAUGACGACACCCCUGCGCCCAAAGUGCAAACUUCAUUGGGUGUCUACACGCUGGAAGUACUCGACAAACUAGACGAUAAUCUCUUCUUGAUCCAAGCCACGUCCUUUGUUCGUAGGUUUGCUAAAAUUAACCGCAACAUGGUGGUGUUGAGGCACAACAAACGCGAGCUGACACUCAUCAAUCCGGUACGGCUAGAUGCCGACGGAGAAGCCAGGCUUCUACAGCUGGGUGGUAUCGCUCGUAUCAUUCGUCUUGCGCCGAACCAUGGUACCAAUCACGAUCGCUACUAUAUAGAUAAGUUUCCUCAAGUCCGCCGAUGGGCGCCGGCACGGUCGGCCGCAGAUUCGCACGAUCCCAAUUUGCCCGUACAUCGCCUCUUAACUGACGAUGACGAUGCGAUACUACCGGCCUGCCACGUCUUUUGUUUUCAAGAAACGGCACAACCCGAAUGCGCACUAUUGAUACUCCAAGACUACGUUGGGAACUUACUGGUUACCUCGGACUCACUGCAAUCUCACCAAGCAAACCCGCUCGUGAAUAUGCCCGUUCGCGCUAAACUCGCAGCCGAAGGCAUGUUGGCGGGCAAGAUCCAUAUUUCUAGUACUUGGCUGCGUUCAGCCUCCCAUACGCGAUCUCAUCGGCAAAAAGCCCUACGAGGGGAAUUUGAGCGACUCUUGCGGUUAGACUUUGCACGAAUGGUGGGGAGCAGCGGCACGAUGGUUUACGAAGGUGCCAAAGAAGGGACAGUCCUUGCAGUGGAACGAACAUUUCCUAUUCUUUAG